GUGACGUCACUACGGAACAGCACAUCUUUGUCAGUGAACAAAAUGGCAACCUACUGUCUGACUGUCACCAGGCUCCAGCUAGCCCUGGGCCAUGGUGCACGGCGCCUGCAUGUAGCAGCGGCCUACAGAGCCAAGGCCAAUGUGUCUAUGAGCCGCUUUGAGCCCACGUCUUAUGUCAACUACAAGAAGCUCCAGUCCAACGUUGACAUUGUGCAAAAAAGACUCAAUCGGCCACUCACCCUGUCAGAGAAGAUUGUUUAUGGCCACCUCGAUGACCCCCACAAUCAGGACAUUGAUCGUGGUCGCACCUACCUGCGGCUGCGUCCCGACCGCGUGGCUAUGCAGGACGCCACGGCCCAGAUGGCUAUGCUGCAGUUCAUCAGCAGCGGCCUUCCCAAAGUGGCCGUGCCCUCCACCAUCCACUGUGAUCAUCUGAUCGAGGCCCAGAUCGGAGGAGAGGAGGAUCUGGCCAGGGCAAAGGAUAUCAACCAUGAGGUUUACAACUUCCUGUCCAGCGCUGGUGCAAAAUAUGGAGUUGGCUUCUGGAAACCAGGCUCCGGGAUUAUCCAUCAGAUCAUCCUAGAGAACUACGCCUACCCAGGAGUGAUGCUCAUCGGCACAGAUUCCCACACACCAAACGGAGGGGGGCUUGGUGCCAUCUGCAUUGGCGUUGGUGGAGCCGAUGCUGUGGACGUCAUGGCAGGAAUUCCAUGGGAGCUCAAGUGUCCCAAGGUGAUUGGAGUGAAGCUGACAGGCACACUCUCAGGCUGGACAUCACCCAAGGACAUCAUCUUGAAGGUUGCCGGCAUCUUGACAGUGAAGGGAGGCACAGGAGCCAUCGUAGAAUAUCAUGGACCUGGAGUGGACUCCAUUUCAUGCACUGGAAUGGCCACCAUUUGCAACAUGGGAGCAGAAAUUGGAGCCACAACCUCAGUAUUUCCCUACAACCAUCGCAUGAGGACCUACUUGGAGAAGACUGGCCGUGGACAGAUCGCUGCCCUGGCUGAUGAAUACUCAGACUUGUUGGUACCAGACAAAGGAUGUGAAUAUGAUGAGGUCAUCGAGCUCAAUCUGGAUGAGUUGAAGCCCCACAUCAAUGGACCUUUCACCCCUGACUUGGCUCACCCAGUGUCUGAAGUAGGCGCUGUUGCAGAGAAGAACGGCUGGCCACUGGAGGUCAAAGUUGGUCUCAUCGGCAGCUGUACCAACUCCAGCUACGAGGACAUGGGCCGCGCUGCUUCUGUGGCCAAACAGGCUUUGGACAAAGGCCUGAAGUGCAAAGCUCAGUUCACAGUAACCCCCGGCUCAGAGCAGAUUCGUGCCACCAUUGAGAGAGACGGAUAUUCAAAGAUUCUUGGAGAUGUUGGAGGUGUGGUGCUUGCAAAUGCAUGUGGGCCCUGCAUCGGGCAGUGGGACAGACGUGAUGUGAAAAAGGGAGAGAAGAACACAAUCGUCACCUCCUUCAACAGAAACUUCACAGCCAGGAAUGAUGCCAACCCUGCAACACACGCCUUUGUCACCUCACCCGAGAUUGUCACUGCCAUGGCCAUCGCUGGCACAUUAAAUUUCAACCCAGAGACGGACUACCUUACAGCCCCCAACGGUGAGAAAUUCAAGCUCGAGCCUCCCAACGGAGAUGAACUCCCUGCCAAAGACUUCGACCCAGGCCAGGACACCUACCAGCACCCACCACCCGAUGGCUCAGGUGUCGGAGUGGACGUCAGCCCUCAGAGCAACCGGUUACAGCUUCUGGAGCCUUUCGACAAAUGGAGCGGCAACGACCUGGAGAACAUGCAGGUCCUCAUUAAGGUGAAGGGCAAAUGCACCACAGACCACAUUAGCGCUGCCGGACCGUGGCUGAAGUUCCGUGGUCACCUGGACAACAUCUCCAACAACAUGCUGAUCGGUGCCGUCAACAGCGAGAAUGACGCCAUCAACAAGAUCAAAAACCACCUGACAGGAGAGUACGGAGGAGUUCCUGAUGUGGCCCGUCACUACAAGGCCAACAGUUUGUCAUGGGUUGUAGUCGGAGACGACAACUACGGUGAAGGCUCCAGCAGGGAGCAUGCAGCACUGGAGCCCAGGCACCUGGGAGGAAGAGCCAUCAUCGUCAAGAGCUUUGCCAGAAUUCAUGAAACUAACCUGAAGAAGCAGGGUGUGCUCCCACUGACCUUCAACAACCCAUCUGACUACGACAAGAUCCGCCCUGACGACAAAAUCUCCAUCAAGGGACUGAAAACCUUCACUCCAGGAAAGCCUUUGAGCGCAGUCGUGAAGCACAGUGACGGCAGCGAGGAGACCCUGCAGCUCAACCACAGCUUCAACGAGACACAGAUCGAAUGGUUCCGGGCCGGCUCUGCCCUCAACAGGAUGAAGGAGCUGCAGCACUGAGAGAGAGGAGGAGCAAAGAGGGAAAAUGUGAAGGAGGAAGAGGAUUUUCGGGGGGGAACCAGGGUGAGGAUUGUGAGAGGGGGUUGAAGAACGUCGGCCACCACUCCGUCACUACUGUCGGCGAAACAGCUUGGACUGAAGUCGCUAUGUUAGAAAAAAUUACUGCAGACUAAGUUGUGAAGCUGGUGUUGAUGAUGGAUGAUGUCUGGCGUGUGUGAACGCAUCAUACGGUUGUGCUUCAAACAGUGGUACGGGUCAGUGACACACACGCACGCACACACUCUGACACAAUAAGCUUUGACCCAGUCGAUAUCACAUUGAUUCAGCAGCUGUUCAAACAGUGUGGAAGCCACAUCACACUGGUCCUCGAGGCUGUUGGUGAGACUCCUCGUUGCUCCAGAAUCAUGUCGCGCUCUGUAUGUCAGUUUUCAGCUUUGCUCGACCAUUUUCAUUAAAACCGCUCCAGUUAUUUCAGCUCCGCCCUCGUACAUGUGAACAAUGUAGUUCAUGGAUCUAGGUCUAUUUGUCGUUCAGUGAAGCUGUGAUCAUGUCGAUCCAGGACUCUUUUUUCCAAUCACAAGCUCUAUACUUUAUCAGUCUGCCUCCUAGUGGCUGUAAGGAGAUGCUGCAGUGUCUACAAGUCACAGCAGCCAGUCUAUUUCAUGUACUGUCAAAAAUUGACCACAGUGUCUACAGCCUGUUGAAAUGUAUUCUGGGAAAUGAAGGAAGAAGGAAGUGGUAGAGCAUAACUUGUGGAAUGUAUUUGAUUACUGUACCACAGUGAGAUCAUCUCCACAUUGACAUAAUUACAAAAUGUUACAGAGAAACUUAACUUUUACGCUUUAAUACUGUGUAAACUUGCCAACUUCUUCCCUGACACCGUCCUGCCCUGCCCAACCCUUCGGAUCAAUCCUAACCUCAUUACAAGGUCACACAUCCCAAUGUUUCCCCCCCUGUUGUGUAUUUAUUAAUACUUUUUCUCUCAAAAACAUUUAGAUCAUGCAUGAGGAAAAAUAAAGGAACAGCAUACUGAUAUAUUUUUAAAUGUGUUAAAUGGUGGAGGAAAGCUGAUGUUGUACUGUAAAAUGGCCACUUGAUAAAGUGAUGUGGCAACUCUUGAGAAAACUGAAAUUACGGUGUCAGAUGUUUGUUUUUUUUCAUCCUCUGUGACUGAAAUUCGCUCCAAGAAGAAGAAACAAAUCAAUGCGUGAAUCAAGCAAAGGCUUUAACCACUUCAUUCAUCUCUCACUAUAUGUAAAGUUUCUGGUUCAAUCGUCAUUUAGUUUUCUUUUUCACCCAGAUGAUUUUUGUUUUUCUGUAUUACAGAAAUGGCAAUCAGUUGUAAAAUAAAAGCUCACAGAUCUCAUUUA